AUGGGAGGAAAAGGAAGUAAAUCUGCUCUUUGAAAUCCAUCAUCUGAACAAAUUGGAGCUGCUCUCUUAGCUAGAAUUUUCAGGUUCGACUUAAACAAAGGAGUUAAUCCUACUUUAUCACUUGAAAACAGAGUUCAGAGAGAAAGCUCAAACGAAAUUGGAGAAUUUCCGAUGAACCAUACUACGCACAUCUUAAUGACUGAAUUCAAGAAGUUCAUAUACCUAAAUUCACUUGAAAUCCUUCGUCAAAAAAGAGAAGGAACUCUUGACACAGAAGAGAAUUACCAAAAGAAUGGAGUAUGGUACUACAAAGCUCCUUACUCAGCACCUCCAUACCUUGACAAGAUAUGGAAAAAUCUAAUUCUUUACAACUUCAUCUACGAAGACUUCUGCCAAGGGGCUGUAGGUGGGUUUAUAGAUCGGACUCCACCCAUCACUGACUAUAAUGUAGCAUUCGAACAGUACCAAGAAUGUCUAAAACAUCUCGAUGAGAAGAGCUCUUUACUGAAGCCAUUCCAUGGCCUUUGGCCAAGGUACAAAACUGUCAAGGAGUACAAAAGAGAUUUGGAAUACUUCAGCUUCAUUUCAGAGAAAAAUAUCACCAAGAUCAAGAAGGAAAUGAUUAAGAAAAUUCAAGAGAAUGAUCCAAAGACCCUUGAUCUUGAUGAAUGCUUCAAACUUGCCAAGAAAAUGUCGAAAUUGGUGAAGAUCACCUGUGAAUAUGAUCAGCCUGAGCUUGAGCCUAUCACUGGAUUUGACUGUAAGAAUCCUUGGUAUGGCAAAAAGGAUAUGGACCCUGCUGAGGCAUAUAAGCAUAUCCAAUCCAUGGAAUUCCCAGCUUGCUUUAAGGAAGAUCUCAUGAAGACUAACUUAGUUGACAGUGAUACAGCUGAUAAAUGGAUCUUUGAAUAUAAACUGUUCCUCACAUUAGGAUACACUGCUCAAAAGGUGGUAACCCCAAGCGAGGAGACUGAUCAGGUGUGGCAUCUUCAUCAGACUUACACUCGACACUACAGGCAGAGCAUGAAAAAAUUCUUAAAGAGGAAAUUCAAGCAUCAGCCUACCCUUGGUGGUCAAUCUGAGGCUGAAAAAUGGGACGAAAUGUACAAUGGGACUAUUAGCCUUUACAAAGAACUAUUCAAUGUUCAUCCUCCUGAUGAAGUAUGGGGAACUGCCGAAGAGAGAUUUAACAAUGAGAAGUUCACCUUCAGGAACGUUAAUCUCUAUAGACUAGCAGUGAUGCUGACUGUUAGCCACAUUAAUCCAGACUUUUUAGUCUUUAAUGAAUCACUCGAGCGUCCUUCAGUAAAGAAUUCUGAUGAGGUCCCUGAUGACUACUCAGAAAACUGAAUGGAAAUCAGAAAGAACAUCAGAGAGGAUUACAUCGCUCAGGGUCUCAAAUAUGGCUGGAGAUGAAACUAUAACGGAUCUGGUUACUAUGACGUCUGAGACUGCGGAAUGGAUGACUGUGAAUAUCUACCUGAAAAUAUAAAACCAACAGUUGAGCAUCGAGCAUUUGGCUAUAAAGGGCCACAUUACUUAAUCACUGGAGGUACAUUAUUCACUGGUCAGUUUAUCGAGAAGUACCAUAACCAGUCUGAUUUCUCUAAUUUUGCUAGAGAAGUCCAUCAAGAAAUGUACAGUGAGGUCCAAUUCGGCUACUUCGAUGCCCUCAACAUCGAUGAUAUUGCCGAUUGAGCUGAAGCUGGGAUUGAUAUUUGCUGAGAGCCAAACUUAGAAAAGAUCCAUAAGCACCUAAAGAAGGGAAGACAAGUCAUCUCAAGAGCUUCCUUCCAAGACUGAUACAACAUUCCUGCCUCAGUUUGGUCCCUCCGAGGGGUCAUUGAUUUCAACAAUCUUAAAAUGGUAGUCGAGCCAGGAUUUGAGGUUGAAAAGUUGUCUGGGAACAGCAUCAGUGAUACCUUCGACCAUGACGCUGUUCUGGCAUCUUAACA